AUGGCGACCGCAUCAAUGGCCGAUGCGCCAGCUCCCACCCCCCCUCCAGCGUCCGCGCCGCCAGUCGUGAGGAAGUUCAAAGCCUCCGAUCUCCCCUUGUCACAAGUCAAGCGAGCCACCAUCGACAGCCUAGCCCACAGCUUCAAGAAGAAGGGUGGUUAUGAUGCCGUGCGCAAGGAAGUAUGGCAAGAAUUCGAAGGUCAAGAAGCCGAGAUCACCAAAGAAAUACUUGAAGUCGCUGAACGAGAAAUCGAAAAGAACCCCGCCCAGCUACUAACCCUCGAGCGAACCAAAGCCGCCGCUCUUAUCGAUGGCGCGCUCGAUCGAUCGGGCGUUUAUCAGAGAGCCGAGGAGAUGAUCAGCAAGCUGAUCAAUCGGGGCGCUAUUGAAGCCCAACUUCGCGAGCUCCGCCGUGCUGAGAUAGGAGAUGAGGAGGCGGAGAAGGAACGGCUCUUGGGCGCAAAGACUGACGAGGAGUAUGCCGCCGAGACAGCCGCGCGCCGUGCGCAUAAUGAGCGUGUCCGGAUGGAGCUUCAGGCGAUAGAGGAGAACAAGAGGAAGUUGGAGAGGGCGAUCAAGGAGAAGGAGGAUGCCAAGCGGAGAGAGGAGGAGAGGGCUACCAGGGAGGCGAGGAGGAAGAAGGAGAAGGAGGAGGAUGAGCGGAGGGAAAAGGAGAGGAGGGAAAGGAGGGAGCAGCGGGAGAGGGAGAGGGAGGAGGAGAGGGAACAGAGACGGAAAGAGCGCGAGAGGGAAAGAGAAAGAGAAAGAGAGGAAAGGGAUAAGGACCGGGGGCGUGAUGACAGUCGGGAUAGGGACCGACGACGGGAUCGGAUCCAGGUUGGAUAUGACAGCUAUCGAGGGUCGGGUGAUCGGUCCAACCGGGACCGUGACAGGAGUCGGAACCGUGAUCGAUCCCGUGACAGGGGGAGGGAUAGGGAUCGAGACAGAGAUCGUGAUCGAGACCGGUCUAGGAAGCGUUCUGCUGAGAGGAAAACCGAAGAGGUGAAGAAGCCGCUUACGAAGGAGGAGCAAGAGCGCCUGGAGCAGGAGGCUCUUGCGGAUCUUCUCAGGGAAAGCAAGCGUGUUGCGCCGAAGCAGCCCGAGUUGGAGAUCGACCCUGUACUGGUCCCACCGCCUAGAAAGUCAAAGCCGGUUUCGGCCAUCGAUCCCAUUCGGAGAGAUUCGCCAAAGGUUGCCGCCGAGGCUAAAAAGCCAGAAGAGACGGUUGUGAAGGAAGCGGUGGAGACCAAGGCGGCUCCUGCCGUCAAGGAGUCAACAGAUGCUAAACCUGCCGAGCCGAGAACCGAAAAGGAGCAUCGGAGGAGUAGGAGUCCUUCGAGACCCGCUCGUAGGGAACGAAGCAGGGAGCGGGACGAUGACCGUCGACGACCUCGGACCCGGUCACCGCGACCAAGGCAUGACGACCGUAGUCGUUCCAGGAGAAGGAGUCGGUCUAGAGUGCGAGAUAGGAGAGAUGACAGGAGGGACAGAAGUCGUUCACGCAGAAGGGAUGAUAGGAGGGAUGAUCGCCGUGACGACCGGCGUGAUGACAGGAGGGACGACCGAAAGGUCGAGGAGACCCCCACCAAGCGAAAGGACGAGGCGGCCAUUCCAAAAGAAACACCGGCCAAAUCAGAGGCCCGCGAGCGCAGCCGCUCCCGGCCUCGGACAGCCAGAACAGACGACAGGCGGGACCGCAGCCGUUCCCGCCACCGAGAUCGCGACAGAACCCGCUCUCCCCGCUCUAGACCCGACCGCCGCGAUCGUUCUCGCUCUCGCUUACGUUUCAACCGUCGUGACAGAACCCGUUCCCGUUCUCGUGAUCGCCGGGAUAGAGACCGCGACAGAGACAGAGAUAGACGAGACAGAUCGCGCUCUCGCAACCGCAGCCGAGAGCACGAAAAGAAGGAUGCUGCCACCGAUAAAGACGAAAAAGACAGCAGCAAACUCCACCCCCGAGACCGGUCCCGCUCCCCGGCUUCCAUGGUCGCCCGCCCGCCCUCCCGCCUCAACCAGACGGAAAAGGAGGCUUGGAAACAAGCCGAGGUCAAGAAGAGGGAGCAGGAAGCUAAGGCCUAUCUUGCGGCGCAGAAGGAGGCGAGGGAGAAGGGGCUGGAGGAGGGGAAGAGGACGGGGGAGAGGAGUCCGGAGGUUGUGAAGAGGCGGGUGGAGAAUAGCGAUCGGUAUCAACCCGGGGAGAGGGAUCGGGAGAGAGAUCGGGAUAGGGAUAGAGACAGAGACAGGAGGGACAGAGAUAGAGAGAGGGACAGGAUGGAUUACAGGGGGGGGGAUAGGUAUGAUGGUGAUCGGGACAGGCCGAGGGAUAGGGAUCGUGACCGUGACCGGGACCGUGACAGGAGAAGAGAUGAUAGCAGGGGUGACAGGAGGAGGAGCAGGUCGCGGAAUCGGAGCCGGCAGAGAGACCGGGACAGGGACAGAAGCAGGAACCGCGACAGAGACAGGGAGAGAGAUCGGGAUUUCAGGCGGGAUAGGGAUAGGAGCAGAGACAGAAGUCGGGACAGAGACCGUGAUCGCAGCCGACAUCGCGAGAGGAGUCGUGAUCGGGACAGGGAUAGGGACAGGAGCCGGACUCGCAGGGAUCGUGACAGGCGACGGAGCAGAAGCCGGGGUUAAUGUCUGCCGGCGAAGCCGCAAGAACUAGUGGUGGGAAAACUGGUUCAGAAAACGAAUGCUCGCGGUAAUGAUCUUUGGGGGAGGGCGAGGGAUGAGUAUAGGUCUGUUUAUCUUUCUCUAGGCGGACGGAUGGCGAAUGGGAAGUGAGGGGGAGAGACUGGAUAGAAUACCGAUAUACCAUGUAGAGUAAUAGAUGUUUUGUAUGUACUUAUAUUUCUGAGGUGUGAAACUAUGGACAUAAAUUGAAAGGAACCAAAAUGAUUCACAGCAUCAUAUAUGCCUUUGGCAGUGGGAUAGAAUAUGUACAAUGAAAUCGUGUCAACGCAGUAACGUGAAAAAAACAACGUAAACGCUGAUUCUGAAAUGUCAAGGCUUGAUCCCUUAUCCAGCUCCCUAGCUCUUGUACACAAAACAAAAAAACAUAAACAUAAAAACAUAAACGCAAAAAAAAAAAAAAAAAAAAGAGCCCAGUUUACCCCAAUUUUCAUACAUCAUUACAGUAUUCAAACCCCUCCCUAUUCAAAAGAGAAAGAGAGAGAGAGAGAAA